GUCCCUGAAUUUGGCUUUCGUUCAACAAAUUUCAAGUGUGCAUUAUCCCAAAUUAUGUUUCUUCGAUAAAGAAUCCAAGUACCUAUGUGAUUGAAUUACUUCAAUACUAAUUAGUUAAACAUGAAAAUUGUCAUUCAGAAUGUCGUAUUCUGGUUAAUAUUCGCGUGUUAUAAUUAUUUAUGUUUGGGUGAAAAGGAUCCUGUAAAUAUUGGUGUACUUUUCAAUGAAGAAAAUGCCAAAGAGAAGUUACCAGUGGAGAGCGUUCUCCACAGAAAUAACAUAAUGGAUUCGAGAAUAUCUUAUAAUCACAUGUUUGAAGUCGUCUCUACUGAUGACACCGCAGAAGUUGAAAGGAAAGUUUGUAAAAUGAUGACUGAGGGAAUAGGCGCUAUAUUUGGACCUCCUUCAAAUAUAACCUCAGCAAUGGUGGAGUCAGUCUGUGCCGCCUUAGAAAUUCCACAUAUUCAGAUAAAUCCCAAUAACAAGCCGUUUUCAAAAUAUACCACUGUCAACUUUUAUCCAGAACCUAAGUUAUUAUCCAGAGGAAUCGGAACAAUUGUUAGAAAUUUACAUUUCAAAAGUUUCGUUCUUCUUUAUGAAAAUGAUAAACGUUUAGUACUAUUGCAAGAUAUUUUGAAGCUAGAAAAAGAUGAGCCUGACGAGAUGAUCUCAACAAUCAAAUUGAAACCAUUGGGUUCUGGUCCAGACUACAGAACUGUGCUGAAGGAGAUUCUUGAUAAAAGGGAAAUGAAUAUAAUCCUUGAUUGUAGUUUGGAAACAACAAUGCAAGUAUUAGGACAAGCCAAAGAAAUUGGUAUAUUAGAGAAAUACCACAACUUCUUUUUGACAUCUUUGGACGCACAUACGUUGGAUUUCGAAUCAAUAGGAGGAAAUGCAAAUAUAACUACAAUAAGAAUAAUAAACACAGAAUCUGAAGAAAUCAAUCAGAAAGUGAAGGACUGGGAACUCGAAGAAAUGCAAAAAACGGGACAGAAAAGAGAAAUAUCGCCUUAUUCUGUAACGACAUCCAUGGCCCUCAUGUACGAUGCAGUUCAUCAUUUCGUUGAUAGUGUCAAUAUUCUUCACGUAACACAACGCAUCAAUCAAACUGAACUUUCCUGUGAUAAUCAAGAUAUCAAAUGGGAAGGGGGUUAUAGGAUCACAAGUUACAUGAAAAUUAGAUCUUCAACAUCUGCUCUGACAUAUCCAAUAAGCUUCGAUGAAAACGGUAGAAGAACGAAUUUCACAAUAUACUUGAUCCAAGGAUUCAGGGAGAACGUCAUAGGAUAUUGGCAUCCUGGCCUAGGUGAUAAGUUCCAAUCAAACUUUUCUGCAAAAGAUUUUGCAGCGAAAGUUGUACAGAACUUACAAGCUGAGACUAUAAGGGUUGCCUCAAGAAUCGGUGCCCCAUAUUUGAUGUGGAGAAAAUCUGAAACAGGAGAGCCAUUGUAUGGAAAUGCACGUUUCGAAGGUUACUCCAUGGAUCUCAUCUCAGAAAUAGCUGAGUACUUAAACUUCAAGUUCGAAUUCUACCUAGUGGAGGACGGACAGAUCGGAAAAUAUGAUGAAACGAAGAAAGAAUGGAAUGGACUGAUUAGAGACAUAUUAGACCACAAGGCAGAGUUGGCAAUUUGCGAUCUCACUCUGAAUCAUCAGAGACAAAAGGUUGUAGAUUUCAGUCUUCCUUUCAUGAGUUUAGGUAUUAGUAUUCUUUACAAGCAUUCUGAAGUGAAAGGGUUCAACUUGUUCGCUUUCUUGGAUCCCUUUUCACCAGAUGUAUGGGUAUAUAUGGCAACAUUAUAUCUAGCUGUUACUAUAGUUUUGUUUUUCGUAUACAGAUUGGCACCCGAUGAAUGGGAAAAUCCACAUCCUUGUGAUGAAAAUCCAGAAGAAUUGGAAAAUAUCUGGGAUAUCAAGAACUGUUUAUGGCUGACUUUAGGAUCUAUUAUGGCGCAAGGAUGUGACUUAUUACCUAAGGGAAUAUCAUCCCGUUUAGCUUCUUCCAUGUGGUGGUUUUUCUCCUUGAUUAUGACCAGUUCCUACACUGCCAAUCUGGCGGCUUUCCUGACAGCCGAGAAAUCCGGUCCAACAAUUGAGAGCGCCAAAGAUUUGACUGAUCAAUCAAAGAUCAAAUAUGGUUGUAUGGAUGGCGGUUCAACUCAGAGUUUUUUCAGAGAAUCCACAUUUCCGUUGUACCAAAAAAUGUGGACUCAAAUGAGUCAAAGUCAGCCUUCUGUAUUUGCAGAUAGUAAUACCGAUGGUGUUAAGAGGGUACAAAAUUCUAAAAAUAGCUUGUAUGCUUUUCUCAUGGAAAGCACCCAGUUAGAGUACGAGAGUAUGACCAAAUGUGAUUUGAAACAAGUCGGCCAAAAUUUGGACAGCAAGUUUUAUGCUAUAGCGAUGCCAAUGGGCUCCUCCUAUGUCGGCUUGAUAAAUUCAGCAGUACUUCAUCUGUCAGAGAUUAACAGAUUACAAGAAUUGAAGAAAAAAUGGUGGGAAGAAAAGAGAAAUGAGACGGUUUGCGGGGCAAAAAAGGAACCAUCUGCAUCACUAUCCCUCAAUAGCGUUGGAGGUAUUUUUAUUGUGCUUUUUGUUGGAGUGGGUGUUGCACACCUCAUAGCUAUAGUCGAGUUUUUAUGGAAUGUAAGAGAUGUAUCUGUGGAAGAACACAUAAGUUUCAAAGAUGCACUAAAAAUAGAAAUUAAGUUUGCGCUGAGCUUUUGGAUCAAAAGGAAGAAAACCAAGUGUCCAACGCCUUCGUCUUCAAGUUCACCUAGUACGAACAGCAGAAGUAGGAGCAGAAGCAAAAGUCACAGCAAAACCAGGAGCUUAUUGCGAAGCACCAACUCUCUUUUUUCUAUGAAUAGGUUGAAUGCAAAAGAAUCGACAUGAAGUUAUGAGGUUCUCUUCGAGAGCAAGAAAUAUGAUUUAAAAAUAUUUAUUGUUAACAUAAUAAAACAUUAUAAUUCGAUUUAUAGUAUUGUGUGGACUAAAUAUAGGUAUUGAUCUGUUGAUGAGAAUAAAUAAGUGUAUAUUGGAA